UAAAUUCUAUCAAUCGCGAAUGAACCUUCGAGUGGUUAAGUUGCCUAGGAACACCUAAACGGUUUGUUAUUAUAGCGCAGGUAUUUCGGAAUUCACUAGUGCAACGUUAUCAUUUAUCGACAUGAGGCGACUCGCUGCGUUUAUCUGUUUAAUUCCAUUCGUUCCAAUAGUGCUCAUCAUUUUAGCUGGAUUUAUAUUUUAUCGUACUGUGAUUAGGUUGAUUUUAUGGUGCAAAUAUGGUCAACAUUUCAAAGGACUACUGCAGGGAGCCGAUGCAAUGUGGUGCGUCAGUGAAACGGAUUGCGGAGUAGUCAAUAUUUUGUGCUUUAUCGAACCUUCUAAGCACGGCCAAAAUACAGCAAAGGACAUUCUACAAAUUCUGAGAAAAAGGGUUAACGCAGUAAAAAAGUACCCAAGUAACAAAUUUUCGAAAGCAUUUUGGAAGCGGAAUCAUGCUUUCGGUUAUGCGUUCUGGUCGAAUGAUCUUAAUCUGGAUAUUGUUGAUAUGAUACGAACAAUUGACACUGAAAUGAACAUCGAUGAAGCCCGUUUGCGUGAAAUUGUGAGUGACUUGAGUACGGCAAAAUUACCGGCCAAUCACAGUGCAGCAUGUGAGAUAUUAAUAGGAAACCAAGCUGUCAAGGACAAACCACGAGGCUCUGCUCGAUAUUUCAUCCUGUUUCGAUUCCAUCAUUCUCUGGGUGAUGGAUAUUCUGUGCUGCAUUUUAUUUUAACAGAAAUCGCUGAUCUUGGAAAUUAUUCCGAGUGUAUGCCAUCUCUUAAUAACUUCAAGAAGCGAAGCAUUCGCGAGUCAAUCGCGUUAGUCAUUUCGUCAGUAUAUAACAUUCCAGCAUACCUCUUCCGAGUUAUGUCCCAUGAACAGCACGCAAAUGAUUGGCAAAUUGACGCAUUAGGAUCGAGUAAGAUCACUUGUUGGCAAAACGAAAGUUCUGUUUUAGAGUCAAAUCGAUGGCACCAAUUACUAGAAAAUAUCCACAUCAAACUAUCAAGGGUUCAAUAUUCAAGUGUGUUACUAACAGCACUUUCCGGAACAUUAUAUAAUUAUUUCAAAGCGAAAGGACAAUACCCUAAGUUUCUAACAGUAGCAUCUCCAAUUAGAAUUAGACACCAAGAUCCAACCGAUAUGCAGUUCGAAAAUGCAUUCGUCACACCCAUGAAAAAGCUUAAGCUUUCUCCCGGAGUUGAAUUAAGUGACCCAAACCGAGCCGUAAAGUUGAAAUAUAGGCUGGCACAAUUGAAACAAUCCACGGUGGAACUGCGUUCGUCAUCGGAUAUGCUGAUCACACGCUGGAUGAUGUCGUUCCUGCCGGGAAUUUUCCCGGGCCCACUGCUCACCUUCCUUGCGAAACAGUUCCGAAUCAUCGCAUCCAUCUCGGUUAUGCCACCGCUUGCGAAGAGGAUCCAUAUCGGGAUGUAUGAACUGCAUGACAUGUUCUAUUGGCCGCCUGCUUUCGGUACGGUGGGUUUUAACUUUGCUGUGCUGUCAUACGCUGGAGAGUUGCAGUUGGCACUACUGGCUGACCGCCAAAUGUUACGUAGUCACAACGAAGGGCAACAGUUGCUGCGCGAAUUGUUUCUAGAGAUUGAACGGAUGAACAUUGUGUUGAGAGAAUGUGCGCUAUAAAUUUUCACGAAAUCCGUGAAUAAAUGAUAUACUA